GCGAGCGGCUGAGGCGGGCGGGGAAGCGGCGGCGGCGGCAGCACCGGCCGGAGGUGGCGGAGAUGGAGCCGGGAUACGGCGGAUACGGCACCUGGAGCACCGGGGCCUCCGGCACCCAGGGUUCCUACGCCACGAACACGAGCUGGCAAGGCUACGAGGGCUAUGAGUUCUACACCCCGCCCAGCUCGGCGCCGACGCCGCCGGGAGCCUCCUACGGCUACGGGGGAGGGGCGGCCCCGGGCGGCUCCUGGGACCCCCCCAAGGGCGCCGAGCUGGGGCUGGGACCCGGAGAGGGACCCUCGGGAUCGGGAUCAGGAGGCACCUUUGGAUCAGCAGGGUCAGGAGGCACCUUUGGGUCUGCUGGAUCCUCCUUUGGAUCUGCUGGAUCCUCCUUUGGAUCUGCUGGCUCCUCCUUCCCCUCGGCAUCGGGAACGUUCGGCUCGUCGGGAUCCGCGCUGGGCUUGGGAUCCUCGGGGUCUGGCUUUGGAUCUGGAUCCACCUUUGGGGCUGGAUCAGGAUCCACCUUUGGAGCAGGGUCUGGUUCCACCUUUGGGACAGGAUCUGGAUCCACCUUUGGAGCAGGAUCUGGAUCCACCUUUGGCUCUGGAUCCACCUUUGGCUCAGGAUCCACCUUUGGCUCGGGCUCAGGCUCCUCCCUGGGGUUGGGAUCCUCAGGCUCCACCUUUGGCUCAGGCUCAGGCUCCUCCCUGGGCCUGGGAUCCUCGGGAUCAGCAGAGCUGGGGGCUGGCUCUGAUUCCCUCAUUGCCAAGAUCAACCAGCGGCUGGACCUGCUGGCCAAGGAGGGCUCGGCGGGGGACGGGCGCCAGGAGCAGGACAGCUCUUUCCGUUUCGAUUCCUUCUCGGCUCUGGACUCUCGCCCUGCCCGGGAUCCGUUCCGCCCCGGAUUCCCCCUGGGCGAGGCGGGCCCGGAGCGCGAGCGGAACUCUCCGUUCCCGGCCCGCGAUCCCGCCCGGCCCCGCGGCUCCCUGGGCCUGCUCCGCGCCACUUCCGGCCCCACUUCCGCUUCCGCUCCCUCCGUCACUUCCGGCCGCAGCCGCUUCCGGCGCCGCCUCCCGGAGCCGUUCCCGGCCGGUUCCCGUUGGAACGAGCUGCAAUUCCCGGGGAAUCCCGGCGGGAGCCGCGGGGCCCGGGGGCUGCCCUCGCUCUUCUCCCAAGCGCUGGGCCCGGACUAUCCCGACUAUCCCGACUAUCCCGACUACCCCGACUAUCCCGACUAUCCCGAGUACGAUUAUGGCGAUUAUCCCGGCGAUUAUCCCGAUUAUCCCGGCGAGCUGGGCAUGCUGGGAAUGGCGGGGAUGGGCCGCGGGCCCUACGGGAUGAGGAGGAGGGACAGGAUGGGAGCUCUGCCCUGGAACGGCGGCCUGCACAUGGCGCGGCGCCGCGGAUUCCGCGCGCGCUCCGGGGGGCGCUGGGAGCCCGAGGGGCCCCGGAAACGGAAACGGUCCCGGAGCGGGGAUGGCAACGAGGAUGGGAACGAGGAGGAGAACAAUGAGGGGAACAAUGAGGGGAAUGACACCAGGAAUGAGCCUGGGAACAAUGAUGGGAAUGAGGAUCCCAAAAAUCCCCGCAGCGACAGCGAUGGGAACGACCGGGACUCGGAGCACGGAGAUGAAGGAGAAGGAGAAGAGAAAUCCCUGGAUGAGGCAGACAGAGGAUCCGAGGAUGAGGACGAGGAGGUGAAGAAGAAACGAGAGAAGCAGAGGAGGAGGGACAGGAUGAGGGACAGGGCCAUGGACAGGAUCCAGUUUGCCUGCUCUGUGUGUAAAUUCAGGAGCCUGGAGGAGGAGGAGAUCCAGAGGCACCUGCAGAGCAAAUUCCACCGGGACACGCUGCGCUACAUCGGCACCAAACUGCCCGACAAAACCGUCCAGUUCCUGCAGGAGUACAUCGUGAACAGGAACAGGAAAAUCGAGAAGCGGCGCCAGGAGCUGACGGAGAAGGAGGGGAACAAACAGAGACCCGACCCCUUCAAGGGGAUCGGCCAGGAACACUUUUUCAAGCGCAUCGAGGCCGCGCACUGCCUGGCGUGUGACAUGCUGAUCCCGGCCCAGGGCCACCUCCUGCAGCGGCACCUGCGCUCGGCCGAGCACAACCGCAGCCGCAGGCUGGCAGCCGAGCAGUUCAAGAAGACGAGCCUGCACGUGGCCAAGAGCGUCCUGAACAACAAACACAUCGUCAGGAUGCUGGAGAGAUACCUGCAGGGCGAGGAUCCCUUCACGGACGAGCCCCCGGAGCCGGACGGGGCCGAACCCUCCCAGGACCCGCCGAAAAUUCCGGAAAAUUCCGAAAUUCCCGAAAAUUCCCCAAAUUCCCCCAAAUCCCAACAAUUCCUGCCCGGCCCAGAACAACCCCCCAGGCCCCUCCUGAUGCCCCCGUUCCUGCAGGACGACGAGGAGGAGCCGGAAAGUUCCGGAAUCACCGAGAAUUCCCGGGAAAAUUCCGGAAUGGCGGAAAAUUCCGCGACGGAAAGUGACGGAAAUUGGCGGGAAAACGACGGAAAUUGGCGGGAAAAUCCUGAAAAUUCCCAGGAAAACUCAACAGAAAAAUCACAGGAAUUGGGGAUUUCCACCCAAAACCAAACUGAGGGAGGG